AACAUUUUUCCUUUUUGACCUCAGACUUUGAAGAGAAGAUAAUAUUGUACUGUCUGUAAUUCCUUUGUUUUUAAAUUUUGUUUCACACUGACAAAAUUGCUUGCUUCUUUCUUCUCUAUUUCAUUUUCAAAAAUCUAAUUUCAGGAAAAAGCCUGAAGUCUCUGGAGUCAUGGCUAAAGCUGACAUCAAACCAAAAUCUAUACAUGAUGCCAAAAAGUGGUCAGCUGAUGUAGAGAACUUAUACAGAUUUCAGCAAGCUGGAUACAGAGAUGAGGUUGAAUAUAAACAAGUAAAACAAGUUGAUACGGUAGAGCGUUGGCCAGAAACUGGAUUUAUUAAGAAACUUCAGAGAAGGGACAAUACGUUCAAUUAUUUCGAUAAACAAAGAGAAUGCAAAGACAAAGAAGUCCAUAAAGUGAAAGUUUAUGUGUAUUAG